UUUUAACUUAAAACUAAUACUCCGUAAAUCAUUAAAUCACGUGUCUGCAGAAGUGAUUUCUUAACUACCGGAACCCAAAGUGAGGAGCCUCCACAUCACUGUGUCUGCAGAAGUGGAUAACGAAUUUCCCGCACUCGUCUCUCUCAAGCAAAUCCAUGGCGGCAGCUGCAGCAACUACUCAGCUAUGCCUCCCUCCUUCAUAUUCCCCGUCAACCCACAAAUUAAAAAAUUCCACCUUUUCCACUCUCCUUCGCAUUCACAAAUCUCACUCUCCAACUUGUACAAGAAGAGUUAUGGCCGCCGCCUCUGGGAAAUACACAGACUUACUGGGCGAUUUCGGAGGCAGAGACCCAUUUCCAGCUGAGAUUGAGAGCAAUUUCUGCGAGAAUGUCUUAGGAAACGCCGGCACCGAACACAAGAUACUCAUCCCAAACGCUUCUGCUCUCUCGCUUGCUCAACUAGACUGUGCUCCCAUUAAUCCCCAUCAACCUCCCAUGUCUGUGUUUGAAGCUCGCCAGAUGCUGCUCAAGGUUGUUGGGUGGAGGCUGAUAGAUGAAGAAGAGGGGCUCAGGCUGCAAUGUACAUGGAAAUUGAGAGACUCUGGCUGUAGUGUUGAACUCAUCAAUAGAAUACAAAAGGCAGUGGAAGGGACCGGUCAUUCCGCAUCUAACCUUCACUUAGAGCAGCCGGAGGAAGAGCCUAACCAAGUUAGAGCUCAUUUGUGGACUGCUUCCAUAGGAGGGUUGAGCCUGAAUGACUUCAUUCUAGCUGCCAAAAUAGAUAUGGUUAAAACAUCUGACCUUAUCCCCAGAAAGAGAGUUUGGGCGUAGUAUGGUAAGAGACAUAAUGAAAUAUAUAACAUAAUGUAAUUUACCGUAUUUGUUAAGUAAAUAUUUGAUUGAAUUACACUUUAUAAGCUACAGUACUACGUUAUUACAUUCCACAUAACUACACUUUAUAUUGUAAGUGUGGUUCCCAUGAAAUCAGCUCACUAUUAAUAAUCCAUAAAACAGUUAUUUUAUAAUCAGC